GAUCAUAGCACAAAUAAUGGCACCGUUAAUCAGAAUUUUAAACAUAUUCGGUGGUCUUUUUGCUUUUCUGAUAGUUGGGUGUCAACAGGUGUAUUAUCACGCUGAAUUUCGCUUGAAGGCUUUUGGAAAGCUUUCUAACAACAAUUACCGAACCAUUUUUUCUGCAGUUGGUGCAACGUUUGCAGAAAGUAUUAACUCGUGUUCAAAGUUUUGUAGUGAAGAUCAGCGUUGUAUUGGAAUAGAGACGUGUCAAAUCAGGGAAGAUUUGUUCCAGUGUCGCGUCUGCUGUGAAUGGAAGAAAAUGGGGAAUAAUGUAGAUAAACAGCCUGGUUGUAAAUAUCUAGAAAUGGGUAAUGAAAGUGGAGAAAAUCUUGCAUCUACCGCUAAUCUAAGCACGGUGUAUCUGCAUCAUGGACAACAACAACUUGUAGCAGCCCAUGCGGUAGAUGGAUUCGUGCUGUGUCCAGGAAACCUCAAACUAGCGCAUAGUGCCAAAGAAAGAAACCCAUUGUUAUCAAUUGUUCUGAAAAGAAAAGACAGCAAUGUGAAGAGAGUAGUACUGUACAACAGACAAAAUUGUUGUGGUCACCAAUUGCAUGAUGUGCAUGUAAACAUCAUUGAUAAUGGGACGAAUUAUCCGUGUGGUUUUUACCCUGGACCGGCUAUCACCGGACACCACAUAGUUUUUCUGUGCAGGAAUGGUUCAGUUGGUAACAGCAUCAAGAUACAGAUUUCGUCAAAAGAUGGGCAAACCGAUUGGUUUUCUGUUUGCGAAGUAGAAGUCUACGGCACAUCAUGAGGCUACAACUAUGUCCAGUUUUAUUCAUCUUUCAUAUACAUACUAACCGUAUUACGAAUAAUGGCAUUGACUCUAGAAACUACUUACACAUAGCUGUGUGCUGUAAUCGAAUAAAAUAUCAAAAU